GCCAUAGGCAUGCAAACUAGCGGCAGUUGUCCGCUGGAUCCUCGUCCCAUCGGCCAGUAGUCAUUGCUCAAUCGUUGCGUUGCUGGGUUGUUGCCGAAUCGGAGUCCCGGCCCGGCGUGGGGCAAUCCAGUCAUUUCCCGGCGAAGAUCCUUUCAAAUCGUGGCUUUUCACGGAAAACGAGAAACACCGCCUCCUUUCCCUUGUCCUGCACCCGGCCUUUUUCCUCCCAACGCCUUCUCCCUCCGACCAACACCUUCCACACACCCGCAGCACCAAAAGCCUCCGACCGUUGCCGCCUGAGCCCGAGGAAAAGAGAAGCGCACCUACCACUCCACCCCCGUCCACAUCCACCCGCGCACGCUUCGCCGGCCGUCCGUCCCUCUCCGUUAGGUUCGGUUCGGUUCGAAGCGCCAAUCCGAUUGCCCUGCCCGGAGCGGCUUCGAUGUCCGCGCGGCGGGCGGCCAAGAGCCAGCACGCGGCGGCGACGCCGAGGAUCAUCAACCUCAACCUGGCGAGGAGGUCAGGCGGGAGGCCCAGCCGGAGCGUGGGGCGCGCGCAGCCCCGGCCGGCGGCGUCAACGGGGCCGGUCAACCUCGGCGCGCUGUUCGAGAUGGAGCGCCGCGUGCGCGGGCUGGAGUCCGCGCCGGCGUCGCCGCCGCCGUGCUCCCGGGAGGUGCUGCGGUCGCAGGAGGACCCCGGGGAGCAGGAGAAGUGGCGGUUUCAGGCGGAGAUCCUCCGCGCCGAGUGCAACUUCCUCCGGAUGGAGCGCGAGGUCGCGCUCCGCAAGCUCGACCGCCACCGUGGCCAGAUGGAGGCCGCGCUCAAGUCCGCCGUCGAAACGCUCGUCUCGGGGAGGAAGAAGAUCGACGGGAGGGGCGACGUCGGCGUUGCGGCGGCGCUGGACGAGGGGAUCGAGGACCUGGAGGGGAUGGUGGAGGAGCUGCGGGUGGAGAAGGAGAGCGGGAGGGCGAUGAGCGGGCUGCGGAAGCUGCAGCGGAGCCACGGCCGGAACUUCGAUCGCCAGGCGUCCUCGCUCCGCCGGCGCCUCGAGAAGAUGCCGCCAGCCGACGCCGAGCCCUGCGUCAAGGACAUCCGCGAGAUCGCCCUUCCCGUCGCACCGCCACCGCCGCCACCGCAGGUGGAGCACAACGACGAAGAUGAGCGCGUCCACAGCGUCAACACCUCCGAUGUGGAAAUGCUGAGGAUGAAGAUGGAGGGGAUGUCAAAGGGCAUGCGCGAGAGGAUGGCGGAGUACAGUCGGCGCCUGGAAGCCGUCGCCGCCGGCGACAACUCUGGCUGCCAGUCCAGGAAAUGCGGCAACCGGCACAACCGGAAGGGGAGUGCGAGCAGCCAGAGGAGCUGGAGCGGAGGCAGCAACGCGAGCACCGGCAACCUGCCGUUGGCCCAUGACACCGCCUACACGUCGCACGCCCGCGGCCGCCAGAGCAUGGCGGCGGAGCAGCGUCACCAGCAGCAGAAGAUUAUGGCUGAAGAGUGCAGAUUGGUGAGCUCAGGAAGCUGCUGCGACUGCAGGGAGAUCGUGGGGAAGAUAAUGGAGCAAGUAAAGGCAGAAUCAGACCAAUGGACAGAGAUGCAAGAUAUGUUGGAGCAGGUCAGGUUGGAGAUGCAAGAGCUGCAGUCUUCCAAGGAUACAUGGCAGCAUCGUGCUAUUGCUUCUGAAAUCAGUCUAAGCUCCUUGAAUUCUCAAAUGCUGGAGUGGAAAAAUCGGGCACAAGUGUCCGAACAGCGAGCGGAAGAGCUGCAGAGGACGAUUUCAGAGCUCCAAAGCAAGCUAUACACAUUCAAAGCCCACUUUCCAACCCCUACCGUUCCUAGCCAAGAUCAAUGGUCAGAUGCAUGCAAGAUGGAGAACCCAAGAGCAAAGCCUCAGCGCCACCGAUUGCAGGAAUGCGGCAAGGAGAAAGAGAAGCACGUCCUCAUCUGCCGUGUGAAGCACUCGCCCAGCGUGAUCCCGAAGCGCUCGCCGUUUCAGGAGAUUGGCAACAUCAGCUUGCCAACGGCAGCGGUGAGGAACAUCAACUGAUGGGCUGCUGCAAUCAAGGUUUCAGGCAGGAGUGGAAGAGAGAACUCUGUCACUUUGGCCUCGCCAGUUGCUUCGAUCAACCUCUAAAAUAAAUAAAUAAUUGAUGACCCACUGAUGAGUAAUGAGGCCUGACUUCUCGUCAGAUCUGUAGUAAUUAAAUAUGUCAGUAGGUGAUCUGAGACGGAGUUAAUUUGCCCUGAGGCGGGAGUACAGUGUUGAGGAAUAGGUAAGAUAUGUAUGUAACGCUAAUGCUUCUUUCUGCUAAUAUAUAUGAAAUUUUGUUCUUGAUCCUUCCAGGAUCAGAUGAUUAUGUGUUAUGACU